AUAAUGUCACCGCUCGCCGGUCUCACGUUCCAAACCGAUAAAGCCUAAAGAGACGGGCCAGCAAACAACAACAAAAGAGUGAUGUAAAGACGGCAAUCAACUGCACGUUCUGUGUAGAGCCCACUACGCAGUGGAGUUGAGUUGCUCACUAAUAAAAGCGGGAAUAUCCGUGGUUAGAGACAUCAGUCAACCAUCGGCAACAUGUUCCACUCUAAGUCUCACUCUAACUCGAUUUCCCUGGCCAAGUUCCUCGGACUUUCGGCCUUUAUCCUGGCUUUUGCCGGGGUCAAAGGUCAGUACGAUUGGUAUAGCGACUAUUCGGUACCCGAGUUGGAUUACCUCUUCGGGGAUGUGGGCUACGAAGUGCAAUCCUAUGGACCCGCGGCAGCUGUUCAGGAAUUCUAUCCCAGGGGCUCACCGGUUCGGAAUUAUGCUCCGGUGCAAUCGCCUCAGAAUUCCUUUGCCUACGCCGCCGCCAGUGGUCCUUAUGGAGCGAGAGCUGUUGCCGAGGCUCCUGGUCCGUAUCCUGUGGCUCCAUAUCCCUCCGCUCCCGUCCCUCCUCCUCCAGCUAAGUACCCUUCUGCCCCAGCUAAUUAUCCCUCCCCUCCUGCUCCCUUUCCCAUUUAUUCCAAGCCCGCCUACGCAGCUGUUUAUAGCUACGCCGGCACCACCAAGGCGCCAUCUACCGGAUCGACUGCCAGCACCGCCACCACCGCCACCACCGCCACCACAAAGGCCAGCGGGUAUCCGGGUUACCCCACUGUGGAUCCAGGCAGCACGGCGGCAACAACUACAGUAGCAACAACCACUGCGGCAACAACUACAGCGGCAUCUACUGCAGCAACAACUACAGCAGCAACUACUGUGGCAACAACUACUGCGGCAACCACUACAGCUGCAACUACUGCUGCAGCAACUACAACAGCAGCAACAACAACUGCAGCAACAACCACUGCAGCAACUACAACAGCAGCUACAACAACAGCAGCUACAACAACAGCAGCAACUACAACAGCGGCAACAACUACUGCGGCAACAACAACUGCUGCAACAACUACAGCUGCAACAACAACAGCGGCAACUACUACCGCUGCAACAACCACAGCAGCAACAACAACAGCAGCAACAACCACAGCAGCAACAACAACAGCAGCAACAACAACAGCAGCAACCACAGCAGCCAACCCCUAAAACCGAAACGGAGGAAGCAUCGAUCAGCACCACCAAAGAAGAAACCACUCAUAAUUCUGGGAAAACCACUGGCCAACCACUUUGAGACAUCACCACCAAAUGAAAUCAUAAUUUUAGCCACAGCAAUAUGUAGAGUGUUCCAUUUAGCCGCAAUAAAACAAUCAGUACAGCACAUAAA